AUUGAGCACAGUGUUUUCCCCUGCUCCUCUCCUUUUCAGACAAGCAAAAUUGUUCUGUGCUGCCGUAGAUGUAAACUCCUUGCUGCACUGCCUCUGUCUCUUCCAGAAACUCAAGGGCCUGAAUUACCGGUCACAGAGAUCUAAAAGCUCUCACUAAAACUGGAUGGAAUAUGGACAAGGAGAUGAAUAGCAGAAGGAAAGAAAGAGUGAAGUUGGUUAUUUUUCUGGCACAUGGAUGCAAUUACACUCAGUGCAUUCCAGAGGCGUUCCUUUGAAUCCUGUGCAGGUCUGCCUUCCGUUCCUGGGAGAAAGGAAGAAAAAGGGAGAAAAAGUCCCUCUUGCUUGGAGACGGAAUGUCUGCACUUUCCAUUCUCUUUUUAGCUUCCUGCUCUGUUUGGCUGUCCAGGGCUCAGACUGAAUUUAAGAGAGUGGCUGAAGAAAACGUGACUUUGCCCUGCCACCACCGCCUGGGCCUCCUGGAGCAAGGGAGCCUGGAUAUUGAGUGGCUCCUGCACAUUUCGGAAACAGUACAGAAAGCGGUAAUCACUUAUUCUGGAGGCCGUGUGUAUGAUGACCUGAAUGAGGAACAGAAAGGGCGCGUUUCCUUCACAUCCAACUUCCUGGCUGGAGAUGCAUCCUUACAAAUCGUAUCCCUGCAGUCCAGCGAUGCGGGGAAGUACAUAUGUAAGGUUAAAAAUGCUGGACAGUACGAAUGGGCUCGCAUCACCCUGAAGGUUGUAGAAAAACCUUCCAAGCCCAAAUGCUGGCUAGAAGGGGAGCUGCUGGAAGGAAAGGAGCUGUCCUUGCAGUGCCGUUCUGCCUCUGGCACUGCACCCAUCUCCUACCGAUGGCAGCGCAUAAAUGAGGAAGACGAGAGAGCUGAACCUCUCCCACCUACAUCAAGAGUCAACAUUUCUAAUCCCGGGCAAGUCCUACUGAAGAAUCUUACGCAGAUGAGCACAGGGUUGUACCAAUGCAUAGCCACCAACGAGGCGGGACAAGAAAGCUGUGUUGUUCAGGUGACAGUGCAGCAUGCACAGAAUGUCGGCAUGAUCGCUGGAGCAGUUUGUGGCGUGGUGUUGGGACUUUCCCUCCUUUUCCUGGUGGUGAGGCUGACAAUAAGGAGGAAAGAAAAGAAGAGAUAUGAGGAAGAGGAGGCACCAAAUGAAAUCAGAGAAGAUGCAGAGGCACCCAAGGCCCAUCUUGUCAAGCCCAGUUCCUCUUCCUCUGGUUCCAGGAGCUCACGCUCAGGUUCCUCCUCAACCAGGUCGACAGCCAACAGUGCCUCUCGCAGCCAACGGACUUUGUCAACGGAAGCUACUCCCCAUCUCACUCCUCCCCAGUACAACCAGAGGGAGACGGUGGGAAAAGAAAUUGAGCCCAAGAAAGUCGACUACACUAACCUGAUGAAAAUGGGAGCGACGCUGGUCAUGGUGCCUGCCCAAAGCCGAGCGUUCCAGACCGUGUGAUGUCUCACUCGCCCUCUGGAGACCACUGCUGUCCAUAAACACUUCACGUACCACCAGCUGCAUAGGAAUUGUUAGAUUAGCUAGUUAUCUUCCUGGUCAGCUUGAUUUCAAUCACUUGUGAUUAUUCACACCACAAGAAGCCCCCCCACACACACUCAAUUCUUUCUUGCAUCUUCCAGCACUUGAGGUUCUGAGAGAGAAUUUGUUUUUUUUGAAGGAAAUGGGAGCCUUCUUUAUAAAUUAUUUUUUUUGGAAAUGGAAUACUGAGCAUUUUAAAACUACAACAGCUAAGUGCUGUACAAAUUAAAUGAAGCCAAACCUCAGGAUUUUUUAAAAGCGAUCAAGAGAGACACAGAGUUGCAAAAUAUUCCAGAGAGGUUUUGUGGGGAGGGAAAAGUCUCAUGUACUGGUUUUGGAGAACUUUCUCAAAGAUGCAUUCCCUUCUCUGAAGAUUUUAAGGCAGACUCUUUGCUGAGGGUAGUCUGGUGUUCAACCUCAAAGGGAAGCACUUCACGUUUUCUGCAUUCAGUCUUCUAGUGAAAUGCUUUUGGAGGCUGUAACUAAAGUGGAACCAGAAGAAUCACUCAAAAAAGUCAAGAGAUGCAGUAUUAAGGCAUGUGUCUGAACUAACCUGUGUACUAAAGAGAAAGGACCCUUUAUGUUAAGGAAAUAUAGGUGCUUUAAUUACCCAAAUAAACUUAAUGACGCAGCCAGAGAGAUAUGGCCAGGAGCCUGACUCUGCUGCUAUGGUCAGCACUGCAAAGCUGCAGUAACUCCACUUGAGUGGUGUCUGUGGCAAAGGAGCCUUAGUGUGAUGAGAAUUGGGCAGUGAAUCCAGAAUGAAGGCGGUACAUCAAAAAGUGAGGGCCACUAAUCUACCAAAAAGCCUGGACGAAGCAUUUGGAAGAUACCUUUGCUGUUGCCAGGUUGUGAAUUCACCAGUUUUGGGGUGAUCCAUGCUGUGGAAGCUUUAUGGAGAGCUCUUCCCAGGACUGAACAAACAGCAUUCUUGAGCUGACCUUCAGGCAUCCAGGUAAGACUAGAGUGACAGAGCACGUAGUGAGAAAAAUACACCUGGGGCAGGUAAACAAACACAACGCUGCUUCCAUUAGAAAAUAUUUGUGUGCACUGUCCCGUUUGUACAACAAACGCUGGGCCACGUGCUAUUGUUGAGGCUUAAAUGGUAGCAUGACUCUUAAAAAAAUUGCAAGAAGCAUAAAAAUAUUUACUGUGAUUAAAUUAGCCAGAAUAAACACUUCCAAGGAAUAUGAAGUUUUACAUUUCAAGUUGAAGGCUAAUAGGAAACGACGGGAGAUAGGGAUGGGCUUCCUCCAGAGGCAGAUCUGUUGUUUAUAUUUUCCUCUGAAGGAGUUGGCUCUGACCACUGCUAUACACAAGACACUGAGCUUGUAGGUUCUAGAUUCCUGUAUUUUUGGACUGAUGAUUUUCUGUUAAAAAAAAAUGAAGGAGGGUUUUCCAUUUAAGGGAGGGAUGAUUUUCUGCAAUUUGUGGAACGAUUCUCCAGGAGAUGGAUCAUCAGCACAGAUGAACCACAAAUCUAUAAUUCUUUCACACCAGGGACAGAUGUCAUGAAUUUCUUUUUCUGACUGAGACACAGAAUUCUAGCUUCUUUGCUUGAGACCUUAGACAAUCUGAUCAUAGCCAAGCCCUGCUUGGGCUACUUCCUUAUGGGAAAUAUUCUUCCAACUUGCCCUAUACUAUCGAAGAACUUCUCUUCCUAGGAGCAGUCACCCAUUUUCAUCACAUGUACCAAAAUUUCACUUGCUCUCUCUACCCCGGAGUCAACCCAGCCACCCUUGGCAGGACAAAAGUACUGAUCUGUUGUGCAGGGAAGGCAGCCUCGAGUCACUGAUUUAAACAAAGGAGGUAUCUGGUAUUAGGUGUUUGAUAAGCUUCGACUUCCGUCACAGCUCCUGGUGUUGGAUACUGCGUCAUUCUACCUAGACAGUUUCCUCGGAUACUCCAGUGGCACGUUCCCAGAUCAGCUCUGUUUUGGUAGUGGCUGUCACUGCUUGGGAGCAGCAGCUCUAAGUGUCUGUAAUUCCUCUGCAGUUGCUCUUUUCCUGGACCCUGAAGGCUCAGGCACUCCAGAGCUGGGAAAGUCCCGAAGAGCAUCAGCAGGACUGCUGAAGUAGUUUGUGGCUGCUAUGGUUGCUUACUGUGCUUAAUGUUACCUGUGUUGCAUCUGAGGAUACUUAUUCUAUGCAUACAAAACCAGGAGUGCUUGUCUCGGUAAAGAGCACAUGCCUGAGCAGCCAGAAGCUUAUUACUGCAAAAUGAGGGUGACAAACAGUUGAGCUGGCUACAAUCCAAGUACUAAAUACUGCAGGUUAGCGUUGAGUCACAGGCCAGCCUUGCAAUUAGUGAAGAGGAGGAUGUUCUGUCUACAGCCCAAAGGCCACUUGCUGCCGGCUAGGAGAAUUGCCCAGCCUGCUCCUGGCAGUGCCUUCCAGAGGCCCUUGGGAAUAGGCUACAGGACAGAUCAGCUGUGGCAAACCUCUCCUGGAGCAGAAAAGUCACUCCUUGUCAUAUGAGCUAUCUGAUUGCAUGGGAUGAAACGUUUAUGGACCUUGGGGUAAGGAAGUUGUUAGUCGUAAGCGGUUGCUGAAGCCUGGAUCAUCCCUGGGUGUUCCUAGCCCUGUCGGGAAGCAGGCGGUAAGUGUGCAGGCUGCCCUGGGUACAAACCGUGUCCAAAAAAGCACCGUGACCAUCUCCUGCCAUAGAACAAAGGUGCAAAGAUGUGUGGCCCUGGUUAGAGAGCAUGGGCACCACGGCGGCUUAAUAUCACUAAGUCUGAAACGUGGUGCUUUUCAGAUCACACAUCCGUGAUCUCACAGGUGAACACAAAGUCAGUGCUGCGCUUCAGUUGUUAGCAUGAAGCCCAAAGGGAGAAAGUUCAUUACUCAAAGGUAAUACGAGAAAGAGAUCGUUUCAAAGGUAUUCUGUUUUAAAAGGGACAUUUUUCUGAGCUCCAGAUCAUACUAUCAGGAGUUGCACAAGGGAAGCAAAUGAACCAUAAGCCAAACUCUAUUUUGUAAAAUAGUGUACUUAAAGCAUUUAUUGUCAUAUACCAGUUAUUACUAGUGUGAUUAAAUGCAUACAACGUUAUGUAACUUUCUUUUGUUUCUCAGCAGCUAAACUGAGCUUACAUCUCUUCUACCUGUUAUAAUCGGUGUACUUGUACUGUGUCUGAACAACUGAGAGGAAAUAUUUAUUAUUGAUUCCCUUGAAUCAAUGAUUUCGUAAUUUUUUUUUUUUUGGUUGUGUUUUUUUAUAAAUAAAUGUGCUGCAGCUGAAGUGCUACAGCUCAGCUAAACUUGUA